AACGGGCGUGGAGUUGUGCGGUUAGCUUGUGAGAAGAGCAAGCGUUGUUGCUGUCUCCGCUUGUUAUGGCUAAUAAGCACAUCUACUAUUCUGACAAGUAUUUUGACGAGGAGUACGAGUAUCGACAUGUGAUGCUGCCAAGAGAACUUUCAAAGCAAGUACCAAAAACUCGUCUAAUGUCUGAAGAGGAAUGGAGACGACUUGGUGUUCAGCAAAGCCUUGGCUGGGUUCACUAUAUGAUUCACGAGCCAGAGCCACAUAUUCUUCUCUUCAGAAGACCUCUUCCAAAGGAUGAGCAAAAAUGAACUGCCUUCUAGAAAUCUCCUAAAUCUUCUGGAGCUUUAUGUGUAUGAGCGUUGGUAGUAUUCAGUGAAUACUUGAAAGUGUACAAAAUAUACAUCCAUACCUGUG